CCGCAAGUAUCAGGUUCCUAGUCCCUCUGUGAGAAGAGAAAGAGAGCUGACAGUUUGCUGCUGUCCUCAUCAGCAAGUUCGCUGCCUGUGAUGCGCUAGGGACAGCAUCCCGAGUAAACACCCAAUAUCCAGUUGACCGUCAAACCUGCUAGACUAGAAAUGCCAAUAGCGGAUCUGCUGGGAGUGCGCUUUGACAUGCAGCUCCUGGGCAAGCUGACUCUGUCUGUGGCUGCCGUUCUGCUCAUCUCUUGGGCUUACAGAUUCUACAGCUCCAGGGCUCAAGGCCAAACUCAGACUGACAGCAGAAUCCCUCUGCCCAGGGGCACGAGAACAGGCCCUGAAACCUGCAGCAACUGCAAAACGGUGUUACGACCCCAGAACAAAACUGCAAAAGAGGGGACUAAUGGAGAGAGCCAGUCUAGACAAUCCUCUGUGGAUUCUGAGCAAAACAUCUUUAAAUCGGAGAAAAAUAAUGCCACGCUUAAAAGGGAACAGCCUAAAACUGAGGUAUUUGGAUUCGACACGGCGGAACAUUCUACCACUGCAGGGCAGAGUAACACGGAGGACUUUUGCCAAAAUAAGGAUGAGGCAAAGGGUGAGACAAAAGACUGUAAGCCAGGAUUAACUCUACUGCUGCCUGAUGAGACUGACACUACUGUAGGAAGUCCAACUGGGCGUCGCUCCCCAUGCCUGCUAAGAAAACUGGAUGGUGGCGUAGAAGUUGGCAGAGAGCUCAGGCAGGACUUGGGUCACCUGGGUAGCUUCUCCAGUUUCAAGUCAAAGGCAGAGAUCAAAGUGGAGAAUGCUGACCUGGUCCUGGAGCGGCCAGGUGACCAGACUACUGGAGUACGUGGAAAGAUUUAUGAUUAUUAUGUGGAGACCUCCUCACAUUCAGUUUCUGACCUGAGCCCUCCUCACUCUCUAAGUCCAACUUUUGGACCAUAUGAAACCGGUACUUUGUUUGAUGCGCAGCCAUUAGAGUUGUCCAGCAGUGUGGAUAAACCCCGAACACCAAGUCCUCUUCCUUCCUCUUUGAUAAUUAGAGAUAUAGAAGUAUCUCAUGAGUCGGAUGGGGAGCUUGUCUCUCCGAUCAAAUCAGAACCUGUAAAACUUCUUAGACAUGGACUGAUUCGGAAGGAUAGCUACCUUGCUGCUGCCGUGGACUCCGAACUACAGAUCCCGUUCCCGCCUUCAGUGAGCUCAACACCAUGUGGUCGUUCAGCAGCCCUUUCCAGUGAGGUGUCACAAAGCUCUUCUGACACAAAUAAAGAAACACGAGACCUCAGAAGGGAUUCUUCAGAAGAGCCAGAAGUAGAAACAGUGGCCGGGGCCAAGUUUCUAAACUUUCCUCAGGAGAACAUGGGAAGUACAGAACUGGAGAGUUUAACUGGCAAGCUUGAUUUAGGCAACUGUGUGGAGGCACUGAUGCUAGCCAAGAAACACAGACACAGUGCUCUCCAGGAGGCUGCCCUCCGCGUUAUGUCGGACAAUUACUUCCAAGUCCUACGAGAUCCGGCCCUGUAUGGCCGACUGAAAGCAGGUGAGCGGGAUCAGAUCCAGAGACAGCGCAUGAGAGGCAGAAGAUGCCUAAUGGUGGCGGACAUGGAGUCGCCAGAGUGGAGCAGACUUUCAUCACAGUCUACAGUUUCUGAGGCCAAUAAAGCGUCCAGUGGACUGUAUUACUAUGAUGACUACAAAGACACCUGGCACCCUCAGUGCCAAAUCCCUCAGGAAGUCCUAUCUAGGGGCUGUGCCAUGUGCACCAUGGACAACUACCUGUUUGUGGCUGUAGGCUUUCAAGGGACUGACCGUGUAGCGGUGCCUUCAAGGAAGGUCUUUUGUUACAAUCCCAUGACAUCAAUUUGGAGUGAAAUCUGUCCAAUGAAUGAAGCCAGGCCUCACUGUAAGCUUGUUACCCUACAGGACCAUGUCUAUGCCAUUGGAGGGGAGUGUCUGUCAACAGUGGAGCGCUAUGACCCCAGGACCAACAGAUGGAGCUUUGUCGCACCACUGCCCAAUGAGACCUUCGCCGUCGCCCAUCGGGCCACGGCCUGCAAUGGAGAGUUGUUUGUCUCAGGAGGCACAUUGAGGUACACACUCUUACGCUACAACCCCAAGACUGACACAUGGAGGCAGAGCUUGAUAGUGGGCAGCAAAGAAAGGACCACAGAAAUGGUAGCAGUGCGGAACUUCCUUUACCGCUUUGAUGUGAGCCCUUCCAUGGGCAUCAGUGUGUACCGCUACCAUGCUGUGGCCAGGCUUUGGUACGAGUGCUGCUCCAAGCGAAUGCCCCACUGCCCUGCCUUCCAGUGCGUUGCCAUGGAUGACAUUAUAUACUGCGUCAGUCGGCAGUUCACCAUGAGAUUCUUGGCUGACGAGAUAUCUCCAGGCUUUGUGGCAGAGGAUUUAAAGGUCCUCUCGGCAGCCAAGGGCAUUUUGUUCCCUUUUGUCCUUGCUCUGCCCGAUAAAAGCACCAUUCAAACCAGCGUUUGAGCAAGGUCAGCUCAUGCAAGUGAAAGCCAGAGUGGUAAGAGCAAACACUCAAUGUUCAUAGUCGGAGAUCAGAUUAAGCCUUUGAUAUGUUACUGGAAUGCACAGUCGUCUUAAUCAGUGGCAGUAGAAGUGAAAUAUCAAGGCUAUUAUAGCCUGUAAUUGUAAAGCUAGAUCAGAUUUAUUGUGCACUCUCUGCUAGAUAAAUCUGCUUUUCCGAUGAGAGCUGUUUGUUAUUGGGGGGGGGUUCCAUCCACCCUUGAGUAGUAAGUAAACUCCUAAAUCUUGCUAAUGCUCUAGCGCUCCUGCUUAAAGUGUUUCACUCAGAUAUACUGCUCUGGAGCACUAUAAGCAAAACGUCAACCAGUCAAUGUGUAGAGCAAAGCAGUGCUGCAAUUACUAAAGCUGCUGUAAUGAACAGCACAAACGCUUGUCAUUUCCAGGAUUUACGAAAGAUGGCAUACGGAUAUUCAUGGCCUGCAUGCUUUUUACUCCUGUUUGGGAAUUUGCCCUCAUGAAUAAUUCAAGAUGAUAAAUCAUUGAACAUGUUCUUCCCAUGUCCUUCAUUUAAACCCUUGUCUUAACUGUUAAGUGCAACACUGUCAAAUGAGCACAGGCUAAUGUCAUGCUUUGUAAUGCUACUUUAAU